AUGCUAACUGCACUGGUUUUAUCAUUCGCCACAGCCGCGCUGGCUUCCAACGCCACAGGUCCUUAUGGUCUGCACAUCAAGGGCAAGACGGAUACAAGUAUUGACGGCUACGGGGGUGCCUGCCAUGCGGGCGCUGCGAUAGAAGGCAUCUGCUAUGGGGCUGGGUCGCUUAACACCACUGCAACAUACUCACAAUUCUAUUUUAACUACUCGGGGUAUAACUCGGAGACUGGUGAGGUCAGCCCGUACGGUUGGGUAGAGUGGCAGCUCCCGUACGUGGACCAGAACGGCGAGACCGCUUUUGAGCCUGAGGCCUUGAGUUUCAGCGCGAACUUGUUCUCCAAUGUCGCUGCAGGCCUCUUCCAGCCCGGCUACGAAGGCGGCACCAUCUUCCAAUACAACGAGAACGGCCUACUGUACAUUACCGGUGGAUACGAUGACAGACAUAACAACGAAACAUAUCCAAACCCUCCAACGUACUUCGGCAACACUAGCAGUUUUCACCUCUGCUAUCAAUUCACAGGAGGGUACUAUUACCAGUCGAUUGCGUGGGUGUCAGGUACAGCACCGCCUCAGAACCCAUCAUGUGAGCCGGUAGACCUGUCGUUGCAGUUGAUUUGA